AUGGCCUGGUGGGGAGCGAUGGCCAACGCGGCUUCAGCGGGUGCUGCCUUGGAGGACAACAGCGAAGAUCCCAUUGAUCUCACGUCCGACACGGAGACCUCGCCAUUGCCCGGUGGGGGAGCAUCAGCAGCAGCGGCGUCUUCCUCGAGCAACGGCGGGAGUGGUGUCGGGAUUGAAUCUACUGCUGGGGGACUCAAGCUGAUGGCACCGGAUCAAGGAUCUUCUCACGAAUCUGGCGGUCAUCAUGAUCCUCUUGCUCCUGCCGCAGGCCGCUGCCCUCCGACGGGCGCACGAGACGAAGAGCAUGGUGUGAAGAGCAUGUCGCAACACACCAUGCUCUUCCUCCUGUGCUCCGGUCGGAUGGCAGCGGCCUGCGGCAGGAGCAAGAGGAUCAGGAUGACCGCCAGAUUCAAGAAGGAGGUGAAGAACGAGGGCGUGAAGAGGGCCGCCGAGGCCUCCGCCAUGGCCCAGCAGAGCGGCGAGGUCCUGGUCACGGACAAGCCGCCGGCGGAGAAGAUCAACCAGGAGGAGCAGGAGGAGGGCGCUAGCCGCCCGGCCAAGCGGAGCAAGGGGGGAGACGAGGAAGACAUGGAGGUGGUCGGCACGACCGGCACGGCGAAGCUGCCCCACAACCGCUUCGCCUGCACGGAGCACAAGUUCGACGGUCCGCAGGGGAGCAGCGGCCACAAAGAGAAGUGCUCCCUGUGCUUCUGCUACGUCUGCGACCUGCCGGCGAGCGAGUGCCUGGCGUGGGGCGACCACUGCCACGCCACGGACACGGGCCCCAUGAAGUCGUCGUGGAAGCUCCUCCGCGAGCGAGCCAAAGCCUACCUCCGUGCGGGAAAGCCGCCGCCUAUGAUCGCGAGCGUUUCUUCAAUGACGAGCACCCUUGAUCGCGAGGUCCAAAAGAGGUUUCAACGGCGCUAUCCCGGUGCAACAGGCAGUGCCUUGGCUCCCUUGGCCAGGCACAACAUCCUGGCCAGAUUUGCGAGCGGCCUGAAGCCGAACGUUCGCACGGUGAUUUUGCCGAAUGGCAAGCGUGACGUCACGGUGGCCUGCAACGAUCGGGAAGCCUCCUACGCGGCUGCGCGGCUGCCCUUCAAGGAACUGUGGACGCCUGGAACGGCGCACGGCGCCAUCCGUUUCGGACGCGUGAGCAACAUCCCCUUCAAGUUGGACUCGACGCAACCGUCCCCAGAGAAGCGCAAGGAGUACUUCGACCGUUUCGUCUCCAAGACCCCGAUGCCCCGCAGCCUCUGGUACCCGACCACGCGGGUGCCGAGCUACUACGACCGUUACGAUUCCGGGGCUGUGGACAUUGCCAAGGAGGAGGAUAAGGCCUUCCUAGAGCAUGUUAGGCGGUGUUACGAGGUAGAUCUGGUGGACGUGGAGACGGAGGCCGUCUUCGAUCCCGUCGCCAACGCUGGUUCGUUUACCGUGGAGGUCAUCCUGCUCAGGAAGGUCAUCACCCGUGGCACGAGCUUGGCGGCGAGAUCUCCAGACUUGACCCCCCUGGUGGAGCGCUGCAUUCUCAACCGUGUCCACAAGAGGCCUACCCUCGCGGAGAUUAAAUCCCGCCAUCUGUCCUCCUUGACAGCAGCAGCUGCAGCAGGCGUCAGCGGAGCGGGGGCCGGCGCUUCUUCUGUGCUGGGGAGAGAGUUUACCCCGUCCACCAAGGAUUACGGGGGGUAUGCCUCUGUCGACGUGAGCCUGUCGGGGCUGAUCAACAGCGUUCGCGACGAGGAGACGAACUCGUACAUCGAGGGAGGGCAGAUCCACCACCCUGCCAAGAGUGGCCAGCGUUUGAACGAGUUCCGGCGGUCCUGGUUCUCGCCUAUCCUAAACCAGUUCACCGCCGUCAACCCCUUCGCCUCCACGAUGAAGGGCGGCAUCCUGUGCGACGAGAUGGGCCUCGGCAAGACGGCCGCCACGCUGUGCCUACACCUCAUACACCCCCCCAAGACUCCAGCCCCGGGGGUCCCGCUAGACGAGAAGGAAUGGGGUCCCAUCCUCGGGAAGCAGGCCUCCCCGCUCACCGACCGCAAGUCUGUAACCGGAGAGCCCGAAGAGCCUGGGAAGUGGGUGUCGAAGGGCACGCUGGUGGUGUGCAAGGUGUCGCUCGUCGGACAGUGGGUAGAGGAGGCCAAGCGUCUGUGCGGCGGCGCACUGUCGAUCUACCCUUACCACGGCGGCAACCGAAGGAAGGACCCGGCCUUCCUGGCGAAGUUCGACAUCGUGGUCACCACCUACGGUGUGGUUCAGUACGACGCCUCGAGGAACUCCGGGUUCCCCCCUCUCCGACGGAUCCGGUGGUGGCGUGUGGUCCUUGACGAAAGUCACACUAUCGCGACGGCCAAGCACGCCACAAACGAAGUGCGGGACAUCAUCUCCAACCGCCGGUGGUGCAUGACCGGCACCCCCUACAUCUCCAGGUUUUCCGACGCGAACGGACAGCUCUCGUUCGUGGGCGCGGGCAGUGCCUUCAGGGGAAGCGACUUGGGUGACAAGGGCCCCAACCGCGAGACGCAGGUGGAGACGGUGGCGUUCCUGAGGAGGGUGCUCCUCCGACACUCACAGGGAAUGAAGCUGGGGGGCAAGAGCAUCCUGGGGUUGCCGAGCAUCACUCACAAGGUGGAGGCGCUCGCCCUGCCGACCAAGGAACGCAAGGCCUACGUGGACUUCGAGAAGGGCCUCCAGAACGACUACAUCAAGGUCCGACACCGUCUCCGCACCCAGAAGGGCUCCCACACCAUGGAAGUACUCACCCUGCUCAGCAAGUUCCGACAGGCUUGCUCGGGAGGCCAGCUCCUGGUGGGAGACUCGGCGACGGUGGGCGGCGACGGGGAUGGUUCUACCCCUGCCUCGGUGGACGCGUUCUGCCCCAUCUGCAACGAUAUCAUCGAGUCCCCGGUCCGGACUAAGUGCGGGCACACCUUCUGCCAGUUGGUGUGUGUCAUGGUUGUGUUGGUUUCGUCGGAGGGUGUGUUGUAG